AAUUGUGAGAGUAGUUAGGCUACAUUGUAACGACGCGUGUUAAAGGUUAUUACUUUGUAUCAGCUACGUUCGACUUGCAUUUAAGAUGUUUGGCUUUCACAAGCCAAAGAUGUACCGGAGUUUAGACGGCUGUUGCAUCUGCCGCGCCAAGUCCUCCAGCUCACGCUUCACCGACAGCAAGCGGUACGAGAAUGACUUCACGAGCUGUUUCGGAUUAUGUGGAACUCGGUCUGGAGAAAUCUGCAAUGCCUGUGUACUCCUGGUGAAACGAUGUAAGAAACUCCCAGUGGGGUCUAAGAAAAACUGGAAUCACGUGGUUGAUGCCCGAGGAGGCCCCAGCCUAAAGAUUUCCUCCAGGCCAAAGAAACGGAAGUCCCUCUCCAAGAGAGCCAUGCCAAUCCAGAUCAGCCGACUGCAGAAAGAGCUAAAGAGGAACAACUCUGAUGCCCACAGCACCACGUCCAGUGCCUCCCCGGCCCAGUCUCCCAGCUACAGCAACCCUUCAGAUGAGGGCUCCGACACAGAGCUCUCCCCAGGCUCCAGCCGCUCCCCUGUCUUCUCCUUCCUGGACCUCACCUACUGGAAGAGGCAGAAGGUGUGUUGUGGGAUAAUCUACAAGGGCCGCUUUGGGGAGGUGCUCAUCGACCCUCACCUCUUCAAGCCCUGCUGCCGCAAGAAACGGCAACAGCAGCGGCAGGAGCUGGAGGAGGAGGAGGAGGAAGAAGAGGAGGAGGAAGAUGAGGUGGAGAAAGAGGAGGUGAGGUCAAACAGCCAGGAGAGCUCAGAGAGUCCUCAGCUACAGGUCAUCAUGACAACAUCUCAGACCAAAGUGGAGGUUGAGGAGGAAGACUGGCGAUAUUGCACCACAGUGUGAGCAUCUUUGAGGAAGCCUACGGAGUGCUUCUGGUUUACAAGCUCUUACAAGAAGAAGUUACCGCUGAUUGCCUUUAGUCAGCGAGCAGCUGAAUCCCGUCAUUUUGUUUGUUUUGUAACUUAUAGACUGAUUGAGGCAUAUGGACUAUUUUUUCCCAAUUCAUCUGGUCUUGUAUUGUCCUGGGUUCGUCUUCAUUAGGCUUGGGCAUGCAACGGAAAAUGUUUGAAAACGUUUUGCAACGGAAAAUGAGCAUUUUAUUAUUGGGCAAGUCCAUGUAGUCCACUCCGUGUUGCAAAUCCAUUUUCUUCCGUUUGGUGCCUUAUGAACACAACCCAGAUGUUCGGACACCUCUUGGUGUUUUUCUCCUUGACAUAAAAUGCUGUAGUUUUGACUGAUCGGCAGAAUACCUUAAUUAACAGGUAACAGCCGUACAGUAGCACUUGUAUUAUCGUGAAACAAAUUCACAUUCACACUAUAUUUAUCUAUUCUGUAUAUAUGGGCCUGUAUGUAUUUCUACAUGGGCCACCGUCGAGAGCCUGUUCACAGCACCAACAGCCAAUACACCAGCCUUAAUUUAGUGAGGGAAGGCAGUGCUAGUGUUUUGUCAGUUUUGGUACUUAGGGAUGAUAUUAAGGGAAAAUGUUCAAAUUGAAACUUCAUAUUCAUCAUCUCCAUCUCCAGCACCACACCAACAUCCGUGUGUAAACGGCGUUUCUUUCUUUUGUGUACUCAAAAAGAUGCACACCAGAAAAUAUCAUAUUAUUAUGGAUGAUGUCAUCUGGAUUUUAGCAGACGCUUUUAUAUGUAUAUUAUUAUUAUUAUGUGGUUAGCUUAUACGUAAAAUACCUAUCCAGGUGUUGUAAGAUCUGGCAGGUGUCAACAAUGCCUGGGCAGAGGAACGCGACCAAUUUCAAAAGUGUUUCCCGAAUUAUGUCCUCAUCUUUUGUUAGUACAAAAUAUAGAAAUGGGCUGUUUUUAUAUACAGUAUGUUGAUGUUUGGGUGGUGGAGAUGAUGAAUAUGAAGUUGAAAAUGGUGAAAUGUCCCUUUUUUAAGGCAAUAGUUAGUGCUAGAUAGGUAGUUUGAGUUUUCUCCUGCUUAUUAUGUUAACGUUUGCAAUGGAGGCCUAAGGUUAUAAAAAUGAAGUAAAGCAACACUAGUGUGCUUUGCAUAAAUGCCGAAGAAAUAACCCCUCUCAUCCAAAAGAUCUUUAGAUCAGAUGCAUGAGUCAAAUAAGCUAUUUCAUGGCCUUAAAAGCAUAUUACUCUUAUUUUCAAUCUUGCUCUUAUUUUCCAGACCCAAUGCCCCAAAGUAUUUUUUAUUUAUAUAUUAUAUAUAAAAAAUGUCUUCACCAUAUUAUAAAUCAGCAAAUACAAUAGUAACCUGUAGAUCGUGAACUAUUCCUCCUAGAGGCCUAGCUGGAUACCUUUUUGUUUAUUACUGUCAAUAAUGGGACAUGAUUAUGUCAUUACCACACACAUAGUGGAUCUACUGCAACAACUUAGACCUACAAUGCAAUGAAAUAACCCACAUCAGCACAACUCGAUCUGUCCCCCCCUGUUGUCAAAAACAGUGUUUUUUUUUUGUUAUUCUGUGGAAUUGUUAUUUUCUUUUAUAUUCUAUUUUUAUUUUGUCUGCAGGACUUCCGUAUAAUUUAAACUUCAUGAUACAUAUGUCAAUUCUAUUGAUCGUUAUUUAGGCAUUUUAUACUUUUGAGGACUUACUAUCAUGUUCAAAACUUAGAAUUCAUCAUUCCUUGGUUAGUUAAGCAACUACGAUAUACUAGCCUACAUUAUCAAACAAAAACCAAAGCACACUUAAAUUCAUUCAAUUUCAAAUGCAAAACAGGUUAAAAAGGACACUAAAAUCAGUUUUUAAUUAUCCAUACUAUCGGGAAGAUUGUAUGUAUAUGGACAUAUUUCAAUGGGGGUUGAGGGCUUUCUAAUUAAAUGUUUGUUAUUUAUUUCAUAUUGACUCGGUACUGGUACUUCCUGUGUACUGUUAUAGCUAUGUUAUUUUCUACUUCCUAUA